AUGUCGUUUUCACGAGGCAACCGGCCAACGAACGUGGGUAGAAGACGGAAUGGAGAGGAAAGAAAUGGAUUCAACAACCCACAAUACGGUCCCGGAACACAGCUGAUCGACGAGCGAUGGGAGCAAGAAGUGAAGAAUAAAUUGGAUGAAUUCGCGAGAAACGAUGUGCCUGAACUUCGCUUCCCACCGAUGGAGAGCCACUUACGAAAGCGGAUACACGAAUUGGCCCGUCGAAGAAAUUUGCAAUCGAAAAGUGUCGGACUUGAGGGAUAUCGUCAAUGCGUGAUCACGAGAAGACGAUCAACCAAUUUGCUCACAACUUCAACGGCGCAAGAAACACAGACACUGGAGCUCACGGAUGAACAAGCGGACGUCAUUGAGAGAUUCAUACAAAAAUCACCGAUUCGCACCGAAGAAAUUGAAGAACAUAUAAAGACAGCAGAUGGAGAUGCGGGCCAUCAUUUUGAGAGGGAUUCCCAGCAUGACGCCCGACCACAAGUGCCGCCCAUUUGCGAUCCGACUCAACAAAUGAUCGCUUUCCGUGACUCGUUGCCUGUGAUGAAAUACAGAACGGAUAUUUUGGACGCGAUCACUAAUAACAAUGUCACAAUUGUUACUGGGGGAACGGGCUGCGGGAAAACGACACAAGUACCGCAAUUUCUUCUGGAAGAGUCAACGUAUAUGCGGAAGCCGAUUCGAAUCAUCUGCACGCAGCCUCGUCGUCUUCCUGCGAUCGCCGUUGCCGAAAGAGUGGCCGCAGAAAGGAACGAACGAGUCGGUGAUACCGUCGGAUAUCACAUUCGACUUGAACAGAAGACAAGCGAGAACACAGUGCUCACCUAUUGUACAUCGGGAGUGCUUUUGAGGAUGUUGUCACAAAAGAGCGAAUGGUGCGGCGCUACGCAUGUGAUCUUGGACGAAGUGCACGAAAGAGAACGCAACACUGAUUAUCUUCUGAUUGCUCUCCGAGAAGCGCUCAAGCGAAAUUUUCAUUUGAAGGUGAUCUUGAUGUCAGCAACGUUGGAAGGAAACUUGAACUUGUUUUUGGACUACUUUAAAGGCUUCAAAACACAUCACACUAAUGUUCCAUCGAGAUUGUUCACUGUGCAGAAGUUUCAUCUGGGUGAAGUGUUGGCUUUGACGUCGUAUACGCCGCCGCAGAGUGCUUUUAAUGGAGGUACAUGGGGAGACGCGGCCCAUCAAAGCGACACUUUCCCGACAGUCGGAGAGUUUCCCGGAGCUCCGCUCAAGAAUUAUCAACUAAAUCGAGGGAUGCACAGUGUUCAGACCGCACCCACUCUUCAUCCAAAUUCGUCGUACUCGGCACCGGAUUUACAAAAUGAAGCAUUUGCAUCUUUGGCUCAGCAACUUGCAACUUUGAGCAGCAGUGAGGCACAACAACAGGAGCAUAGACAAGAUUCACACUAUGGUCAAUCAACUCAAACGGCUUCGGCUGCAAACCAAGAACCUAUGGCCGAUGUUGAGGAUUUACCGGCUUCUGAUGAUGAGGAACAAAAGGAACAAAGUCCAGCACAUGCUGAAGGAAAUGCCAUCUACAAUGAUUAUCAUCCGCAAACCUCGAUGUCAAAUCAAGGCUACGGAGGCGAGUAUAAUCAACCGCCCCCUCAGCCCCCAUGGCAUCAUCAGCACUCCGUACCCGACUUCAACCAAAUACAUGGUGGAUAUAAUCAACAAGGCAGCCAGCAAUACCAUCAGCAGCAGUACCAACAGCAACAACAUCCACAUUUCUAUCUUGGCGGUUCAACAACUUACGGAGGUGAAAAUUAUCAAUAUGGACAAGGAGGCUAUCCUCAAGGGAACGACAAUUAUGGUAAUGGAGAUGAUCAGCAAUACGCGGCACAAAUGUCUCGAGGAAACUACGAGAUGGACAAUUGUCGUCGUCGCUUGGGUGCUUCAAUGUUUGCGCAAAAGUACCCGACAUUUCAAGAAGGCGCUAUUAAUGAAUUGGAUACUUUGAUCAAAACAAGACGAUUUGAGGAGAAUGAGCUUGUUAAUACGUACCUGAAAUGUGGUGGAAGCAUUUGCUUGGACAACAUCGAUGCCGAUCUUUGCUACCAUUUGAUUCGAUACCUUGUCGACAGCCCGAUUGACGGAGCGAUACUUGUGUUUUUGCCGGGCUUUGAUGAUAUCAACGCUCUUCGAAUGAAACUUGAAACACUUAACACGUUGCCACCACAUCAGAGGUUUAAUAAUCGAUUGGUCGUCUAUGCUUUGCACUCACAGUUGCAAUCGUUUGAGCAGCACAAGGUCUUCGAUCGAACGCCAAAGUUUUGCCGAAAAAUCAUUUUAUCCACGAAUAUUGCCGAGGCUUCGCUAACUAUCGAUGAUGUCGUUUUUGUUGUUGAUUGUGGAAAGGUGAAAGAGAAGACAUAUGAUCAUGAUUCAAGGAUUUCACAAUUGAAAGUUCAAUGGAUCGCGAAAAGUAACGCGGAACAGCGCAGUGGAAGAGCCGGAAGGUGUCGGCCGGGAUUUUGCUUCCGUCUAUAUUCACAGAGGGAUUAUGAUGUUCUUCAGACAACGCAAAUGGCCGAGAUGCAACGUGUUGCUAUUCAUGAAGUCGUUCUACAUGCUAAAAUGUUUGCCGCCGAUCAAACGGUUCGCGAUUUCAUCAGCAAAGCUCCAGAACCACCACGACAGGACACGUUGGAGUACAGCAUUCAAUUCCUACAGCAACUUGGAGCCCUUUAUGCCAAUGAAGAGGAACCUGAGACGACAACUAGUGCAAUAGGAGCAACGCUCCGUGGUGGAUUCUACAAUAAAAAGCCGCCUCCGGAACCCUCACUCACUUCACUUGGACGGUUGAUCGCCAUUCUGCCUCUCGAACCCCAACUCGCGAGAUUGCUGCUUUUUGGAGUUGCGCUCAAAUGUGUUGAUCCGAUCAUGAAUUUGGUGGCGAUGUUGAGUCAUAGCAAUGAUCCCUUCAUCAUGAUCCCGACUGAUCAAAGUGAAAAUCGUGAACAGCUAAAUCGCGUGAAAAUGGACUACAGCCGUCGCGAUUUGUCAGACCAUUUGAUGUUGAUUCGAACGAUGAACGAGUAUCUGAGUAUGAAGGGUCAGAGCGGCUCACAUCCACAACGUUGGUGCCAGAACAAAUUUCUUCGAGCAAGUGCGAUGAAAAUGAUUAGCGGCAUUAGGCUGCAACUUUAUCGCGAACUCAUUCGAUGUGGAAUUAUGAAGAAAAAUGUCGAUGAGGCCGAGUUAAAUUGGAACAGCGAUUCUUGGCCGAUGAUCCGAGCGGCGAUCGUUGCGGGUUGUUACCCCGGAAUUGGAUUUGUGAAACUUGGAAACAAGCUGAAGAAAAUCCGAACAAGCACCGAGCCAAACGCGCAACUUCAUGCUUCUUCGGUUGUCCGACGCCAGCUUAUGCACGGCCGUCCGAACGAUCCCUACAAGAAAUUCGAUGGGGGCUCGACAGCCGAACCGCACAUCGAAUUCGUCAUUUUCCAGGAGCUUCAGAAGAUCGAAUCACAACUUACGUUGAAAACGGCAACCGUCGUACCGCCACUAGUUAUGUUGAUCUUCAGUGGAGCCAUCCGACUCAAGAAAAGUACACUCGACACGUUCAGAAUUUGUUCAAUUGACGACGAUGAGAUUCCUGAGGAGGUUGAAGAAGAGUCGAUGUUUUCAAGAUUCCCGACUUUGUCAAUUUUGGAGCUCGAUGAGUGGUUCGCGGUCAGAGGGCGCUUCACGGAUCUACGCACAUUGCUCAAACUGCGCUUCCGUGUGAUGGACUACUUCUUGAGAGUGAUGGAGACGCCGGCAAUUCUUUACACUUCACAAUUUGAUGCUCUUUUGGAAACACUGCGCGUUUGUUUGGAAAGUGACCACAUGAAGCAUAGCUUUAACCGUGUCAUCGAUUUGCCAACUUGGGAGAAACCGGAUCGCAAGAAUGUUCCGAGCAUGGUUCCGAAUGUUCCGAACAUGGUGCAAAGGACAGAUUCAGAGCACACCUACAAGACGGCAAGGGAGGUGUCGUCGGCAUCGCAAACGACCACCUCAAGCUCGAGCUGGAAAAAUCACAAUCGAGACAAAUGGCGCCACAACCCUGAUCGAGGCGGUGAAGAACGAUCGAACCUCAUCGAACGAGCAAGCAACCAUCAGCGACCGAAUCAGUAUGAAGUGAGGGAACCGAGACGUGUCGAAGAAGACAACAAAUACUAUGAUUCACGGGGAUAUCAACCUGAGCCGGUCUAUCAACAAGAAGAACAAUGCGAAAGAGAUUAUCAACAAGAGCAGCACGAAUAUCCAGACUACUACCCGGAGCAUCAAGAGUACAGCAACGCGCAAUAUCAAGGGUCGUCAAAAAGACAAGAACGAGAUGGACGUUAUGAUGGGAAUUAUUCACGAAACAACUACAAUCAACAACAAGAUCGCCGUGGCAAGCCUCGUCCUCCUCCUCCUCUACCCAAAGCGAAAUCGGAUGAUGUUCGUCAACAACAGAGAAGUGGCGACUACCAACCGCCGAGACGGGACGAAUCGAGACGAGAAACAACGCAGAACGACUACUACCCUAAAAGACAGAACAGGAAUCGUGCCAGUGGUAGCAACAACGGCAAGUACUAUGCAUCGUCGUCGAAUGAGAAUCAGCAUUGUCAACAACCACGAAGACAAGAAUCUUAUGAGGAUGAUGAGGUGACACCUGAAGAUCCGCCACAACGAGAAAGUAUGUAUGAUGAGAGGUGGAAACAAAUAAAUAAAUAUGACAACUGCUAUCCUGCGAGUUCCCCUAUAAGUCAAAAGGCAAGAGAUGAAGAGGUUUUGUCUGGCUUCGACGAUCCAUUUGCACCCAAUCAACGAGCUGACGACUUUGAGGAUGACGCCUACACGCCGAAACAUCAGAACGUGCAGCAGAAUCAAGGUGGUCGUGGCGGUGGUGAACGCAAAGAAACGAGACAAUUCCGAGUCGUUGAGAAUAGCAAGUUUCGCGGAAAAAUUCAUUCGGAUAGAGACAGGGAUCAUCGCGGAAGUGGACCGAGACGUCGUGGAGGAAACAAUCAACGUGGCGGCGGUGGAAGUGGACGAUACAACAAUAAGGAACGCGAUCGAUGCCGAAACAAUGAG